AUGGCCCUUAGACAAGUCUUUAUUGUAUCAGCUAAAAGAACCCCUUUUGGUACCUUUGGUGGAAAGUUGAAGGAUUUUACAGCUUCCGAAUUGGGUGGUUUGGCCUCCAAAGCUGCUAUUGCUGCACUUCCAAAGGAGGUUCCUAUUGACUCUGUCAUCUUUGGUAACGUUCUUCAAACCGACCCUGCUGGUGCCUACGUUGCACGUCACAUCGGUCAUCGCGCUGGUCUGCCUGUCACAGUCCCUGCCUUGACCGUCAACCGUCUUUGUGGUUCAGGUCUUCAAAGUGUUGUCAAUGCUGCUCAUGAAAUCAUUUUGGGCGAAAGUGAGAUCGUUUUAGCUGGUGGUGCUGAAAACAUGUCGUUGUCACCUUUUACUUUGUCUGGAAGCUCUCGAUGGGGCAUCAAGUUGGGACAGGAUCCUAAGCUUCAAGAUUCCCUCUGGACUGCAUUGGUCGAUCAAUACCCCAAACCUACACCAAUGGGUAUCACUGCUGAAAAUUUAGCCGAGAAAUACGGUAUUAGUAGAGAAGCAUGUGAUGAGUUUGCUCUUGCCAGUCAAAAUAGAUAUGAAAAGGCUGCCAAGGGUGGAGUAUUUAAGGAUGAGAUUAUUCCUGUCGAAGUCAAGGGACGCAAGGGUCCUGAACUUGUUACUGAAGAUGAACAUCCUCGUUUUGGCUUACAAUUAGAGAACUUGACAAAAUUAAAGCCUGUCUUCAAGAAGGACGGUGUGGUGACAGCAGCUAAUGCUUCCGGUAUUAACGAUGGUGCCGCAGCCUUGAUUCUUGCUAGCGGUGAAGCAGUUGAAAAAUACGGUUUGAAUCCCCUUGCUCGUGUUGUGAGCUGGCAAGCAUCUGCCGUUGAGCCGACAUUGAUGGGUAUUGGUCCAGUCCCUGCUAUUACUGGCGCGUUGAAGCGUGGCAAUUUAGAAUUAAAGCAAAUGGAUUUGAUUGAAAUCAAUGAAGCUUUUGCUGCACAAUAUUUGGCUUGUGAAAAGGAGCUCAAGCUGGAAAGAGAAAUCACAAACUGUAGCGGUGGUGCUAUUGCUGUUGGUCAUCCUCUUGGUGCCUCAGGUGCUCGUAUCUUGACUCAUUUAUCUCAUGCUCUUCAACGUACAAAGAACAAGUAUGCUGUAGGCUCUGCUUGUAUUGGUGGUGGACAGGGUGUUGCUGUUGUUCUUGAAAGAGUAUAA